AUUCUCUAGAACGUCGAAUUCAUUCGGUUAAUGCAAAAUACGUUUGAUGCCAGCAUAAAAUGGGAAACUCUGGUUUGAAACAGCAUUAUCAAACCGCGAAGAAGACUGGCGCGUUAAAUGUUUCCAACAGAAAGCUCGACGAAUUCCCGCAGAAUCUACACGCCUUGGCGCCGCUGUUACGUACGCUGGAUCUAUCGGAGAACAAAUUCGUUCGAAUACCCGACGAUAUUGGUCACUUCACGUUGCUAAAGCAAUUAAAUAUUAGUCAUAAUAAGCUGACUAUGCUGCCCGAUGCUCUCGGAGCACUGACCAAACUAGAAUGUUUAAAUGCAUCGUCGAACCAAAUCAAAUGUUUACCUUGGUCUUUGCAAAAAUUAACGCGGUUAAAGCAGGUCAACCUCUCUAACAAUCAGAUUACAGAAUUCCCCCCAAUGUUUUGUGACUUAAAGUUCUUGGACGUGCUGGACAUGUCACAGAAUCGAAUUACGACUAUUCCGGACGCUGCCGCAGCACUGCAUGUGGUGGAACUUAACCUCAAUCAGAACCAGAUAUCGACAAUUUCUGAGAAGUUGGCGGAAUGUCAACGUUUAAAAACGUUAAGACUAGAAGAAAAUUGUUUGCAAUUGAAUGCUGUACCUAAAAAAAUUUUAAAAGAUUCGAAAGUUUCGUUGCUAGCUCUCGAAGGAAACUUAUUCGAGAUAAAACAGCUAGCUGAUCUUGAUUGUUAUGACAACUACAUGGAAAGAUAUACGGCAGUGAAGAAAAAAAUGUUUUAAAGAGGAAUCAUUAUUAUGAGAAGAUAAUCUUUUCACGUGUGUUUCAAUAAGCGUGUAGAAUAUAAAUUAUACAACAUAUUUGAUAAUAGUUAUUAUACGGUUUUUUGUAAAUUUUCAAAGCAUCACAUCGUGUAUUUACGCAAUUAUUGUAUUGGAUAAUAGUGAUAAUAUACGGAAUUGUACAAAGUAUUUGUAUUGGUUGUAUUGUUAAGUCGAGAUAUUAUUGUUUCAUAAUACCUUAAUAAAUAACACUGAAAAUAA